AUGUCCGACACUACUCAGGAUACGCUGUUGCAGCGCCUUUCAGAAUUUCUGACCACAUAUGGUCCCCUCCCAGCGGAUAUAGACUUCGGUGAUGAACUUACCGAGGCCCAUAAUCUCAUUGCUGAAUGUUUGGAGGCUUUCACUAAGCCUUCCGAAAUCCCCGAACCCGUUAUCGACACGGCCCAAGAAGAGGUCAUUAUCGGCCUCACCAAGGAACUCGAAGCAGCUGACGAAAAGGCUGCCGAACUAUUGCAAACCUUGUCCGAAUGCCAGGAAGACUCUACCGAGACUAUCCGGGGCCGCGAUGAAGUUAUCGUUGCUCUCAAGGGAGAGCUUGAGGAGUCUAAGGCCGAAGAGGAGGAGCUCCGGUAUCACCUGGCACUACAUCAGGAAAGUCUCGCCAUCGCUGAUGAGAACCUCGCUAAUGUUGAAGAUGAGGUUCUUUACAUUACCUCUGUUGCAAAGGCCUGGGAGGCCCAAGCUAAUGCCACCAUUGCUGACCUUCGUUCUCGUAUCUCCGUUUCCACCGUUACAGUUAAAUCUUGCCAUGUCUCCAAGCCUCGUUACCUAGCUCCUUGCGCCAAAGAUCCCCGUUCCAUUAGCAAUUGGCGAGAAAGGCCACUUGAAAAUGGGUCCCCAAAGCCGGCGUUAAAAG